AUGUGACGUCGGUCAACUCUGUGUUACGUGCCUAACUGCAUGUGCAUGGGUCAUGACAGCAAUUGUUUCUUGCUCUUUGCAAGAAUUGAAUGUAUCUCUUUCACGUGUAAGGUUACCUGUUAUGAGGAAUUCCACCACGCUACUAUACAAACAUUCCCACACAUGACAAUAAGGUCCAUUGAACAAUUGAUGAAUGAUGAUGUCAAUAACAGUCAUGCACUUAGCAGAUAUUGAAGUUUUUACAAAAAGUGCAAAAAAAUUUCUGAUGUUGACAUAACCAAUAUUUGUCAGUUAGGUGUCUUUCUGUGCUAUUUAUUAUGUAAUAGAGCUUGUUUAUAGACAUCAACGUGUUAAUUAAUUUUUAGCAUAACCAAUCUGUUUGAAUUAUCUCUGAAUUUGGGGAGAAUGACUUGCUGUGAGACAAUAAAUUUAUGAGUGACAUUCCUACUUCUCUUCCAUGUGUCUACAUGCACAGACGAGAGAGUUUAUGAAAGAGGCAACACAUGGUGCUAUUUUAUAAUUGGUAGUGUUGUUGGUUUUGGCUUAUUUUAUCUUCUGAAAUGAAUUGUAUGUAAUGAAACAUUUGAUCUCAAAUGAAUUUUGGCAGAUCGUUUCGUUUUCAAGAAAUGCUUGGAUUUGGUGGAGCAUUUACAGAAUCGUCAUCAUUUGUUUGGUCUGGCUUGAACAGUGAAUCUCGCCAGCAAAUUCUGGAUCUCUUCUUUUCUAAAGACGGUCUCCAGUACUCUCUUGCCAGGGUCCCUAUUGGAUCAUGUGAUUUUUCCUUGAGUUUUUACAGCUACGAUGAUGUAGAAGGAGACACAGAUUUGGAACAUUUUAGUAUUGAACAUGACCAAAAAUGGAGGAUACCUUUCAUGAAAGCUGCCAUAGCUACAAGAGCAAAAUGGAGUAACACGUCUAUAAAGUUCUUGGGCUCUCCGUGGAGUGCUCCUGGUUGGAUGAAAUCUGAUGGUCUUAUGUCUUGUCCUGUUAGCUGUCUUUUGUGCACCUUGAAAGCAAAGUACCAAGAUACUUAUUCCAAGUACAUAUCGCUCUUUGUUUCUAAAUUUACAGAAAUCGGAAUUCCCAUAUGGGGUGUAACUGUCCAGAAUGAACCAGGUGCUUGCUCUCCCCUCUACGAAGGAAUGCAUUUCACACCAGAAACGGAGCGAGAUUUUGUGAAGAACCACCUAGGCCCUGUGCUUUCAUCAGAUCACCCUCAUCUGGCACUUUUGGUUUACGAUCACAACAAAGAUCAUGUUGCCAAGUGGGCCGAGACAAUUUAUAGUGACAAGAAUGCAUCUCAGUAUGUAUGGGGUAUGGCUGUUCACUGGUACUCAGGUGACCAAUUCAGUAACUUGAACACAACACAUUACAUUGAUGUGUCCAAGCCUAUAUUGGCAACUGAGGCGACUGUAAAACGAGAGAAGGAUCCAACAGAUCCUUUGUGGAGCCACGGUGAGCAUUAUGCUCACGAUAUGAUUGGUGACUUUAACAACUGGGUUGUUGGGUUUAUUGAUUGGAACUUGUUGCUCGACAUGUAUGGUGGUCCAGAUCAUGCAGGACCACACGAGUGUGAGGGGCUCAUAAAGUGUGGAAGUGAUGCCAUGAUCCUAGCAGAUAACACAACCGGAAAAAUAUAUCUUCAAACAUUCUACUACUACAUGGGUCAUUUUAGCAAAUUUGUGCCUCCUGGAUCAAUUCGCAUUGGAGUUGUUUCUAGUAAUGAGGAUCUGGAGGCAACUGGAUUUGUGACACCUGAUAAUACAACUGCUGUUGUUGUGAUGAACUCUCAUGACGAUCCUAUUACUUACAAACUAUUGGAUGAAAUAUCAACUUUGGCAGUCAAUGUCACCAUUCCUGCUCAUGCCAUACAAACUGUUUUGUAUUCGGUAUAGUUUUUAACUGUGACUUAGUGCUAAGGUUAAGGCUGCCGCUGUUUACAACAGAAAGGUGUCCUGGAGCAUUGGACAAGUUAUACUGGCACAAGGCACCUAUUUUUCUAACACAUUUAUAUGAAAUACAGUUGAUCAGUGUAUAUCAUCUUGUAAAUGUCAAUAAC